UAAUAAAUUAAUAAGUAGGAAUUUGUUUUCAAGAUGACCUUUCAUUUUCUUAGUCAAACCACUGUGGAGAAAAAGUCAACCACAAACUCUUCUCAUUAAUUAAUUUAAAUCUUACUCUUUGAUUAUUUAACAGCUGUAUAUAUAAAUACUGAUCAGAUUCAACAAGAAAAAGACGAAAGAAUUUAGCUAUGGCGGAUGACGAUCAGUUUCACCUGGGAAUCGGGAACUGGUGGGACACGUCAUCAAGAAACAGAUUCGACGGCGGCGGUGGUACAACCCCAGCUUCAAAUAUUCCGACAACCUUAAACGCCCUAGCCACCUUCGGCUGGCCGUUGGAAACUGCAGCAACGGCUUCCGCCGCCGCCGCCGGCGCCGUCAACCGGGAGCUGCGUAUGAUGGGGUUAGGCCGCCUUUCUUCUCAGUCAGUAGAUUGGGGUCAAUCUUUAUUUAGAGGUGAAGAAUCCAUGGCGGCGGAAUCUUGUGAACAACAGUGGAGACAAAAGGUAUAUUCCGGCGGUGUUUCGCCGGAGGAAUAUUCCUCCGUACAUGAUUUCAAGCAAAUGAACAACCGAGGUUUUUCGUUGGAUCAAUCACAGUUCAGUAGUUCUCAGGCGAGUUCGAACGACAGCACAAUAACCUCUCAGAAUAAUAUAAACUCCGGUUUCCAGGCGGCGGCGGAUUCCGCCGCCGCCGCCUACGGCCUGUUACUGCCUGAAAAUCAGCAUUCCGCCUUCCAGAACCGGUCAAUAAAUUGUCCGUAUUCCUCGAGCGGCUAUGGCGGCGGCGCCGCCACCUCUUUGAGUAAUAAAUAUCCGCAGUUCUUGAGAACAUCUUGUACUCCCCAACCGCCGCCGCCGCCGGAGUCCAGCAGCAGCCAUUUGCAUUUCACUAACAACACCCCUUUCUGGAAUGCUUCAUCUGUACCCACCACCGCCGCCGCCAUGAGUACUGAUACUCAUCAUGCUCGAUCCAGCUUUUUUCCUCCGCCGUUGCAAACUCAGAUUUCUGUAGCUCCAUCUUUUGAUGAAAAGCCCAAGAACGGCGCGACGACGAAGAAAAACAACACCGAAACAUCAAAUAAACGGCCUCGGAACGAAACGCCUUCGUCUUCGCCAGCUUUUAAGGUCAGAAAAGAGAAGAUGGGUGACAGAAUAACAGCACUUCAACAAUUAGUCUCACCUUUUGGAAAGACUGAUACAGCUUCUGUACUAUCUGAAGCAACUGAAUGCAUAAAAUAUCUGCAUGGACAACUAAGUGUCCUAAGUAGCCCAUACAUGGAAAGUGAAGCUCCCAUAAAGCAUCAGCAGAGUUUCGAUAAAUCGAACGAUCGAGAAGGGCAGCGACAAGAUCUUAGAAGUCGAGGAUUAUGUUUAGUGCCGAUUUCGAACACUUACCCGGUGACUGAUCACGAAACAAGCUGUGCAGGUGAUUUUUGGACACCUACAUUUGGAGCAACUUUCAGAUAAGCAAAUUAAUUACAGCCUUUUAAGCCCGGCCCGAAUAAAAAAUUAACAAAAUUAAUUAUUACAUGAUAAGAUAGAAAUAAUUGUAGGCCCUAAUGCUUUUUUUUUUUUAAUGAAAAAAGAAAAGAAAAAUAAUGAUGGAGUUUUGGCCAAAUGAUUAUAUUAUGACUAAAUUGUAUGAUAUUGUAUAUAUUAUAUUCUUAGUCUUG